UAAGGGCACAAGCAUCCAGGGAGAAAGGCUGGAGGGCUCUUUCCAUCCACCAUCCCACACCUGCUCAAGCUUUUUCCUUCAGGGACGAUGCCACAGCUUCUGAAGGUUUUCAUUGCCCGAUCUCUCCCAUGGCUGGCCCUGCGGACCACCCAACGAAGACCGAAAUGGAGCCGGAUGGCACCCAAACUCUGAAGAAAUGCAUCCGAGAAGGUAUCAAGAAUUUGUAUGAGACUCAACAGCUCUGUGAUGUCACCUUGGUGGUCGAUGGAAAAAGGUUCCCUUGUCACAGACCACUCCUGGCCUCCAUCAGCCUUUAUUUCCAGCGCAUGUUUGCCAGCACCUUUAAGGAAUCCCGGGAAGGAGAAGUUUUUCUCAUGGAUUUGUCAGCCACUUCUCUCCAGAACCUCCUAGGGUACAUCUACAUGGGAGAUCUCCUGCUUCAAGAGGCACAGGCUGAAGAACUGUUUGUAGCAGCCAGCAGACUUCAGAUUACUCCUGCCUUGGAGAUUAUCACCAGAUUCCUCAUGGAGAGAAUUUCCAUGGAGAACUGCCUGGGGCUGUAUGCGUUGGCGUAUUCCCACAACCACCAGCCUCUCCUUUACGCUAUGGCGUAUUCCCACAACCACCAGCCUCUCCUACGCCCCGCUUUACGCUACGUGGCCUUCCACUUUGAGCACCUCUCUGAGGAGGCCUGUUUCCUGUCCGUGGACUUCCACGCCCUGCUCAGCAUCCUCACCUCCGACUGCCUUGCGGUGGCUUCUGAAGCGACGGUGUACCGGGCCGUGCGCCGCUGGGUGCAGCACAAUCCAGACGAGCGCCUGGCCAAGCUCCCCUUGCUGAUGGAUCACGUCCGCCUUCCCCUCCUGACUCCCGAGGAGCUUGCCGAAGUCCGGGUAGAAACCGAGGAGCUUUAUGAGUGUGUCCGGCUGCCGUGGGAGGAGCUCGGUGUGUCGGAAAGGCUGUGGGCGAGCCGAGGGCUGAGGAAAGGCAUGUACCACGACGGCGUGGUCUGCGUGGGCCUCCCGAAAUGGAGCGACGUGAACGUGGGGGGCGAGGAGCUAGAUUCCCAUGUCCACUUCUUCGACCCUUGCACCGAGCAGUGGGAGCAGCUCCCUGACCUCAGAUCCUUGAUCUCUCCCAGCUGCGUCUCCACGGGCCACAAACUCUACGUGGCCGGUGGCCAACACUUGGAUGGGUGCUAUUCAGAGAGCCUGCUUGUGUACGACACCAUUGGGGGCUUCUGGUCGCCGCUUCCCUCCAUGUCCACUGCCCGAGCUGGCCACGCUCUUCUCCUGUGUGAGAAAAAGUUGUACAUCGCUGGUGGCUGGGAUACCACGGGGACGCUGGUCAGCGCAGAGAGUUACGACCUGGAACGAGAGACGUGGGCGGCCAUCACUGACCUUCCGUUCGCCUUGGCUUAUUUUUCCUCUACGACACUCGGGAGCAAUUUGUAUCUAAUUGGCGGAGAAAUGGGGGAUGCCGACCCCGCAGUGCCCCAUAAGGGAUUCCUAGUUUAUGAGGUCGGGUGCGGGGAAUGGUCCCAGAUCUCCACAGACUUUGAGUGUUACGAGGCCAGCGCCAUCCCCGUGGGCGACUCCAUCUUUGUGGUCGGAGGGCUCACGGGAGACGACCGACAAGGAAACCGCCAGUUCACGUCACGCUGCGCUUACCUCCACCAGGACGGCACCCUGAACCGCGAGGUCUCCGUCCCGCCGCUCCCCGUCGCCAUCUCUUACCCGGGGGUGGUGCGUUGGAAGAAGAGGAUUUACGUCUUUGGAGGCGACCGCAACAAUCUCUACUCCAGCGCCAUCCACUUCUGGGAGCCCGGUCAGCCGAAUUGGACCCAGUGUUCGGCAGUCUUGCCCGAUCCCAAUUAUGGGGCGUUUGGGUUCAGCUGCGUGCCCCUCAAGGUGCCCCGGGAAAAUAUCCUUGCCGUUUUCCACAGAGGAUCGACCCCCUCCGCGGACGGUCAUGGAGAAGAUGGUUAG